AUAUCCUCUGACUUGUUGGUUGCUUUGGCAAAUAUGUUGAUGAUCUUGCUCCUGCAGCUCAUUUACAGCUUUCAGAGCUUAUUGGGAGCUGAGCAUGAAACGUUGUGCACUUCAGACGCCUGCUUCACGCUGCACCACGAGGAGCUGAACUUCGAGAAGGCCCAGCAGAACUGUCAAGACAACGGGGGCAACCUGAUGACCCUCAGAGACCAAAAUGAAGAGUCCAAGCUUCUCGAGCUGGUCAAAACGCAUCACAGCAAAAGGCUAAAAAUUUGGAUCGGACUAAAACGGAACAAGAAGGAGUGCAUGCUGGCCGACAAGACGCUCAAAGGGUUUAAAUGGAUCUCAGGGGAGGAAGAUUCCCAGUACUCCAACUGGAAAAAGGAGCCUACAUCCACAUGCGUGGAGAGAUGUGUGAAGGUUGAUUACACAUCUUCAGAUCCAAAUCAGCUGCAAUGGACUGAAGCAGCGUGCAAAACCUCAGCCUUCUAUGCAUGUAAGUUCUCGUUUAGGGGGAUGUGUAACCCUUUGUCUCUGCUGGGGACAGAAAACAUUGAAUAUGUUGCUCCUUUCUCCAUAGAGCCACUGAAAAGUACGAUUCAGUUACUUCCAAAAGGAACAUUUGCAGUUAUUUUCUGUGGUAAACAAGAGUUGGGCUACUCGGUGUGCAACGAUGUGAACAAUACUUACAACUGGAGUGAGCCUGGCCCAUUCUGCCAACUAGAAAAGCUAAACUGUGGCAUCAACAAUGGCGGAUGUGAACACUUGUGUCUUCAGGAGGCAGAUGAUGCUCGUUGCUUCUGUAAAGAAGGCUUUGAGCUGGAGGAGGACAUGUUUUCCUGCAGGUUAAUGGAUCUCUGUGGUCCUAACUCCUGCGAGCAUCAGUGUGUGAUGGGAGAGUCGGGGAUAAACUGCAGAUGUCCAAGCGGGUUCGAGCUGAGCGAAAACCAGUACAACUGCUCCGACAUCGACGAGUGCCAAUCAGAGAUCUGUCAGGAUCAUGUGUGUGUAAACACAGAUGGAAGCUACAGGUGUGUGUGUAAAGAUGGCUAUGAAAUGGUCGAUGGUGAAUGUAGAGAUGACGACGAGUGUGCAUCGUCAGGAUGCGAGUACGACUGCUGGAACAACAACGGAUCCGUUUCUUGUUUCUGCAGUGAAGGGUUUGUUUUAUCCCAGGAUGGACACUCGUGUGAGGAAGUUAACAAUUGUGUCAGUAACCCAUGUUUGAGUGAGUUUACGUGCAUCAGUACUGUGGGAAGCUUCAUGUGCAUCAAUCAGAUGAAGACAAAUGUGUCGACCGAGACCGCGCACGUGUCCACCCCUGCCGCCCCAUCAUUUGAAGAAACACAAGACAAUUUCCCAGAGUCUUUAACCAGAGCCACAGUGGAGCUCCAGCACCAGUCCCCUCACACCGAUGCUCCACACGUGGACCUCGUUAACGUGACUGACCACGAUUAUAGCAACCAGUCCUUAGCAACAAAUCAAACCAAGUCCGGCAACUCCAAGGUGAUCAUCUGCAUCCUCGGAUCUGUCAUCCCUGUGCUCCUGUUGCUCACCUUGACUCUGGUCAUCAUCCUGUUUCGCUGCAGUCGCACCAAAAAGGAGGUGAAGAAGAAGACCACUGCUGAUGGGUACUGCUGGGUGUCUUCUGGUUUGGACCCACGUCUUGAGAAACUGUACGAGUCCAUCCUGACUGAUGACCUAUGA